UUUCAUUGUUCCACCUGGACCUGGAAAGAUGGAGAAAAAAAUAUAUGCUCUGCUUGAAGAUAAUAGACUGGAGAGUUUCUACAAUAAAUUUCUUGAACUUGGUGUGAAAGAUGAGAAAGACUUCAUUGAUAGCAUUGAUGAUGAAACCUUAAAAGAAAUUGGGUUAAGUCAAGUGGAGAAGAAGAGAUAUGAAAUUAUGCGGACACGCAUUGGAAAGCUUGGAAACGUUAAAAAGUCAAUGCAGAAUUUCAGUGUGAAAUACACAUUCCCCAAAUGUUCUGAGCUCCGGGAGAUCAAUGACAUGGAUCCAUCUCAGAACACACUGGAGGAUCUGAUGCUCCGGAUUGCCAUUCAGGAAAACAUCGGAACUGACAAAGCUGUGUGUCUAUACACAGUGGAUGGAAUGCCUCUGACAGAUGAUUCUUUCUUCAACACAUGGUGUUUCAAUGACAGACACAUUGAAAACGGAGAUGAGAUUUAUGCCAUAUUCACACCCAAGGAGAACAUACAGACUCCAGUUAAAAGCAACCCACAGUCCAGACAGGUCCCUGGGGCUGACACUGUCCGGUGCCACAUCAUGCUCAAGGGAGACUAUGAAAUCAAAGUAAACUUGGACACAGACAACCUACAAGACCUGAGAAACGAGCUGUCUAAUGAAACAGGAAUACCAGCACAUGUCCUGCGUGCCAAAGAUGAGGAAAAAGGUGGUGGCACACCCUUGAAAGAUCUUGGCAUCAGCAGUCAGUCAAUUCUGCAUUUCUCCCUUUCGUCACUCAAUGACAAGUAUCAGGAUAAGGCAGCGUUCUUCAACAAUGAUAUUUCAGCUUCCAUCACACAAACAACGAAAGGAAUGAGUGUUUUCCUCUCAGCCUUAUAUGCCAUUCACAUGUGGCAUUCGGAUGAGCAGUUUCUGAAGGUCAUCGCAUACAUACGGAAGCUCACCGGAUGCAAUGCAUUAGCCCUGGCUUUAUAUCAGAUAAUGUGCAAGGGUGAAUUUGGGACUAGGAACCAGAAGAUUGCAGUAGUGGAGGGACUCUACCUUCUCUUCAGAGAACUGUUACCCAGUUUAACCAAGAGGAAUGGUCUGAGGGUGAUUGAAGAUCAUGAGGUUUUUGAAUACUCAACAAUUUGCUGGGCCUACCUGAUGUCUCAAGCUGAGGAAAACAGCCAACAUUCGGAAGUAUAUGCUACAAUGCGGCUGACAUGUGAAGGAUCAGGCAGUAACCUAUGUGAGCCAGUUCGGAUUCCUGGGAUCGCAUCCGUUUAUGAGAGAGCAUUUAUUCUGGACAAAAUAAGGGAUCAACAAAGAAUUCCAAAUUGCACUGAAGACAGCCUAAAGGAAACAUCACUCCAGAGGGCCAGAAAUAUUGAGAAGAUUUUAAUGAGCCUUCCUCGCCAGACUCAGUACUUUCACCAGUGGAUCGCCUAUGAUUGUGGUCAUGGUAACAACUUUCAGGUCAAGCCAGAGAAGACAUAUGAGGAGAUGACUGAUGGGUUGUCAGUGUAUUCUCACCUGGAACUGACUCUACCUUUGCAACUGAAGAAUUUAGGAAUGGAAGGGCCCCGUCUCAUUCUCCUAGACGAAGAUAACUGUGCAGUUUAUCUGAGCCAAAACAAAGGACGACAAUCACUGGUCCAUGUUUUUGAUUGUCUCGCCGGGAAAGAAAAGGCUGUUGAUGUGAUUGAACUGGCAAAACGACUCAAAGAUGCCAGAACAGAGCAGACAAACAAAAUUGGUAGCGUGCCAGAAGAGGCAAUAUUGGUUCUUGUUGAUGCAAGCUCUUCAAUGGCGGCUGUGUGCUACAAACAGGAUCAGACACGGAGCAGAAUGGAUGCUGUGAAGCAGCUCUUCCUGGCUUUCAUGGACAGGACCAGCGCAUACUCAUUUCAUCAUAUCAUUGGUCUGGUUAAGUUUGGAGGAUGCUGCCUGGAAUUUCAUGAGUUCACAGAGACUGUUGGAGUUUUUCAGGGGUAUGUCAACAGUCUUGGAAACACUCCCCUGUACGAUGCCUUGAAUCUUGGAAUUUCUAAGCUAAACGAUGUCAAGAAGAAAUUUCCAGACUGCAGACUCCGCAUGCUGUGCCUCAGUGAUGGGAAGGAUAGAGGUUCUAGCUGUGAUCCUGUGAAAGUUGCAGUCGGGCUGAUUGACGCCGGCAUUGUAGUGGAUACUGUCAUCCUUGGAAGAGGGAAAAACAGUGUCCUGCAUGGAAUCAGCAAUGUGACAGGAGGUUGCUGUUUCAAACCAGAGACAGGUAAAGACGCAUUAAAACUCUUUGAAAUGGAAACUGUCCUGUCUUUGAAGGGAAGGAAACUGAAGAAAAAAUAUGAGGCAUCCUCUAUCCAAGGACUGACUGAUUUGUCUGGCAUUUUGCAAAGAAAGGGCUAUGACAAGGAACCGGAGGUUUUACUUCCUAAAGAGGUCAAUGACCAAGUGACUUUGCCACUAAUUGCUUUGCAUAAUGCACCCAAGCAAACCACAGAAAUGAGCAGGGAGAGACGAAUUCUGGAUGAGCUGAGGAGUCUGCACGUGGAUCCCCAUCCGUACUGCACAGUGUUUCCCUCUGAGAGCGACUUCAGUUUCUGGAAGAUUCUGAUGUCAGGGCCUCCUGAUACACCAUAUGAAAAAGGAAAUUUUGAGCUCUACUGCCAAUUUGGGGCAGAUUACCCCCUCAAACCCCCUCAAGUGCGUUUCCUCACUCCUAUCCACCACUGCAAUGUGAACAGUGUAGGACGUAUCUGUCACAAUAUAUUUGAUCGGAACUACUCUGCAAACGUAACGAUGAAAGAGAUACUGGAUUCAGUGUUCGGACUCCUGAUUGCAGCUGAGCCGGAUGAUCCUUUGGACAGUGCUUUGCAUAAUGCACCCAAGCAAACCACAGAAAUGAGCAGGGAGAGACGAAUUCUGGAUGAGCUGAGGAGUCUGCACGUGGAUCCCCAUCCGUACUGCACAGUGUUUCCCUCUGAGAGCGACUUCAGUUUCUGGAAGAUUCUGAUGUCAGGGCCUCCUGAUACACCAUAUGAAAAAGGAAAUUUUGAGCUCUACUGCCAAUUUGGGGCAGAUUACCCCCUCAAACCCCCUCAAGUGCGUUUCCUCACUCCUAUCCACCACUGCAAUGUGAACAGUGUAGGACGUAUCUGUCACAAUAUAUUUGAUCGGAACUACUCUGCAAACGUAACGAUGAAAGAGAUACUGGAUUCACUGUUCGGACUCCUGAUUGCAGCUGAGCCGGAUGAUCCUUUGGACAGUGCUUUGCAUAAUGCACCCAAGCAAACCACAGAAAUGAGCAGGGAGAGACGAAUUCUGGAUGAGCUGAGGAGUCUGCACGUGGAUCCCCAUCCGUACUGCACAGUGUUUCCCUCUGAGAGCGACUUCAGUUUCUGGAAGAUUCUGAUGUCAGGGCCUCCUGAUACACCAUAUGAAAAAGGAAAUUUUGAGCUCUACUGCCAAUUUGGGGCAGAUUACCCCCUCAAACCCCCUCAAGUGCGUUUCCUCACUCCUAUCCACCACUGCAAUGUGAACAGUGUAGGACGUAUCUGUCACAAUAUAUUUGAUCGGAACUACUCUGCAAACGUAACGAUGAAAGAGAUACUGGAUUCAGUGUUCGGACUCCUGAUUGCAGCUGAGCCGGAUGAUCCUUUGGACAGUGUCGUAGCUGAGGCGUUCCUGUCCAAUCCACAGGCUUAUGUGAAACAAGCUGAAAAGACCACUGUAGAAGCAGCAGGUACAUCGUUGGAAGACAUGGAGAAGAAAUUGGUGGGUGAAUCUUUGAACAAAGUCCAAAUUCCUCGUCAUUUAAUUUGCCAGCUCUCAGGAAAGAUGUUUAUUGAUCCAGUGUCAACCAAAUACGGAGAUGUCUAUGAAAGGAAAUGCAUAGAAAAGGAACUGAUAAAGAAACAGGAAGAUCCAAUUCUCAAAAAGCCUCUGAAAAAAACUGACCUGACGCCAAACAGACAAAUGAAAGCUAUGGUAAAGGACUACCGGAGCCAUGAAAUUUCACAGCCUCUUUCUAUUUGAAUAAGUGUUUGGACUGUUGGGGGGCUCAUCCUGAUGGACCCCACAGUUACAGGCAUUGUAAAUGAUGAAAACCAAAAAAUAUCUACCACAGGAAUCAUCACUGUCUUAUGCCCUCAAGGUCUACAGUAUGAAAUGUCCUGAUUUAUCAUACUAUGCACUAUAAGUAAGACCCCUUUGAGUAGUUCAAAAUUAGUACACUUUAUCAAUAUUUUUCCUAUUUGUUUAUUAUUAAAGAAAAUCCGUAUCUAUGCUUGAUUGGCAACAUUAAUUUAGCUUUGAUUAGCUCAAUUGUUAACAAAACAAUUGUUUUAGAGUGAUUAGCAAAUACUGCCUUUUCUGCCUUCUCUGCGAUGACUCAUUCAGGGCUUCUGUCGUGUUUUUAGCAGAUGCUAUAUUAUAUCUUUUCUGACUGGGCUUCCUUUAGGGAUUUUUAUUUUGACCAGUUGUCCUUUUCUGCUAAUAAAUGUACUGAAUAACACAAUUUUUGUUCGGAAUUAAAAUCUAAUUGUCAAUUGUUAAUGGAAGAAUAGACAUACAGACAUGCCAUCAACUGUGAAAAUGAAAAAAAAAUUUCUGAGCUGUAUAUUUCACAGCAAUGAAUUUGUCAAACACAAAUUGCAAUAAAGUUUCAAUAUCUUGAUAA